CUCAUGGGGAAGUUGCCGGUAGCUGCUUGAGCUGACAGUUUCCGUAGAGCGCGUUCAAGUUCAAGACAGAUUUACACUUCGAGUGAAUACAAUGGCAGAAAAGAAAGGAAAACCAGCAUUUGAUAAACCUAAGAUUGAGCUACAUGUGCAUCUUGAUGGUGCUAUUCGAAUAAAGACCAUUGUAGAAGUAGCAAAGCGGAGGGGAAUCACUCUACCUGUGAUCAGCGAGGAUGAAAUGAGAGACCUGGUCAUAAUGCAUGAGCCGGCCACACUCACAGAAUUCCUUGGCAAGUUCGAUCACUACAUGCAUGUCAUUGCAGGGGACAGAGAGGCCAUCAAGAGAAUAGCUUAUGAGUUUGUAGAGACUAAGGCCAAAGAGGGAGUGAUCUAUGCUGAAGCCAGAUACAGCCCUCAUCUGCUGGCCAACAAGGGUGUGGAUCCUCUUCCUUGGGACCAAAAACCAGGAGACAUCACUCCCGAUGACGUGGUGGACCUGGUGAACCAGGGGUUCAAAGAGGGAGAGAAGGCCUUCAAAACCAAAGUCAGGUCCAUUCUGUGCUGCAUGCGUCACAUGCCAAAUUGGUCUAUGGAUGUGGUCGAGCUGUGUAAGAAGUACCGUAAAGAUGGAGUUGUGGCAAUAGACCUAGCAGGAGAUGAAUCCCUGAACUGUGAGUCAUACCCAGGACACAAGAGAGCAUUUGAGGAAGCCGUCAGAAGUGAGGUGCACAGAACAGUGCACGCAGGAGAAGUUGGCCCUGCCAGUGUGGUGAAGGAGGCUGUGGAAGUUCUCAAAGCAGAACGCAUUGGACAUGGAUACCACACGCUUGAAGAUCAAACUCUAUAUAAACGACUGCUCCAACAAAACAUGCAUUUUGAGAUGUGCCCUGUCUCUAGCAGACUGACAGGAGCCUGUGACCCAGACUUCACUAAACAUCCUCUCAUCACAUUCAAGAAGGACAAUGCUAACUACUCCUUAAAUACAGAUGACCCUACCAUCUUCAACUCCACCUUGAACUCAGACUACCAGGUGGUGCAGAAAUACAUGGAUUUCACUGAAGAGGAGUUCAAGAGACUGAAUAUAAAUGCAGCUAAGUCCUGCUUUCUUCCUGAGAAGGAGAAAGACCAGCUUCUUGAACAACUCUAUGAGUCUUAUGGCAUGCUGAACAGAACAGGCUUUUGAGCUCAGUACUGUUUUAAAAA